CUAUUCUCCAACAGACAGACAGUAUAUCUCCGAGAAAGCCUGUGGCGGGUGCGACUCCCAUUCUCUCUCUACAGCGGUGCUUCGCUAAGAUUCUCUCUGUGGCGUUUUAGGGUUAGGGUUCUUCUUCCGCUCCCUCCCUCCCGCACUCCUCUACCUCAAUCCUCCGCCGCAAAAAAUCCCCCUCUUCCUCCUAAUUUCACGAUGAUGCCACAGCAGGGAGCCGGCGGAAUCCCCCCUCAGCAAGCGAUGCCACCGCAGCAGUACCAGCAGCAGCCGCCGUACAUGAUGAUGAUGCCUCAGGCGCCGCCAUCGCAGCCUCCGCCGGCAGCUAUGUGGAACGGCCAGCAGGCUCAGCCGCCUCAGCAGCAACAGGUCCCGCAGGGCGGCGGCGGCGGCGGUAGUGACGAGGUUCGAACUUUGUGGAUCGGCGACUUGCAGUACUGGAUGGACGAGAACUAUCUGCACUCCUGCUUCUCUCACACUGGCGAGGUUGCUUCAGUGAAAGUGAUACGCAAUAAGCAGACCAAUCAGGCGGAAGGGUACGGGUUUAUGGAGCUCAUCAGCCAUGCUGCCGCCGAGAGGAUACUGCAGACCUACAACGGCACACCUAUGCCGAACGGUGAGCAGAACUUCAGGCUGAAUUGGGCAUCGUAUGGUACUGGCGAGAAGCGCGACGAUGGUCCAGAGUACACCAUAUUUGUCGGGGACUUGGCAGCCGAUGUUACUGAUUACAUGCUCCAGGAAACUUUCAGCGCCCGCUAUCCGUCUGUGAAGGGUGCUAAAGUUGUGAUUGACCGAACAACUAUGCGGACUAAGGGUUACGGAUUUGUUCGGUUUACUGAUGAAGGUGAACAAAUGCGUGCAAUGACUGAGAUGAAUGGAGUGUUCUGCUCCACAAGGCCUAUGCGGGUUGGGGUAGCAUCUAACAAGAAGACCAUGGCUCCACGAGGUAUGCCUCUCAGCUCUUUGAUGUGGGGUUGCAGUUGAUACUUCCUUUGUAUAGCUUGUUAUCUUUAUUAUUUGUUUAUCUGGUCUCCAAUUACGAGUGAUGAAUGUUAGUCUAGGGAUAUUUUCAGUCCACCUUUAGGCUUCACAGUCUAUCAUGGUUUUGGAGACGGGUUCAGCUUUUCAAGUCCUGUAAUUCCGCUUCAUAUUCCGGAAGAAUACAUUUUUUUGAGAUACGGAAACUUGCAUUACUCAUAGAGGACCUGUUCUCCAAAACCAGGGGGGGCUGAGAGGUUCUAUUAUUGUUGGGGCCAGGAAUUGAUUUCUGCUGUAUCAGUUACCCUCACUCUAAUAUGUGGACUCACUUAGGCCGGUCCUAAGCAGUGUGUUAAGAGGGUGCCUGAGCAAGCCUAAUGCACAGUUACAAAUCUCUAGCUAUUGGAUGCUUGGCAUUCAUUAGGCCAGGUGAGUUCACCUAGAAAUGCCUCAAGCGUCCAAGGGGAUUUUGUGUGCAACUGCUGGUUUCACUAGUAGUGCCAUCUAUAUGUCCAUUCAUUUAAUUGAUUGUUCCUUGUACAUCAUGAUGCCAUCUUUAUUGUGUAGUUUGUCUUUCUUGACCUUGGAUGAACAUUUUUCAAGUAGUUAUUCGGGGGUUGAGAUUGCCAUGUGGUCUUAGAAAGGAUUUUGCAUUGAAUAACAUACAGUGGGACUCGCUUGUGACCUGGACAAGUCAAAUGAUUUACAUUCUUUUUAUUCUCGAAUACGCUUUGCUUUCUAUUUGCAGCUUCAUUUCAGAAUUCCACCCAAAGGGAUAGCGAGAAUGACCCGAAUAAUACAACUAUUUUUGUUGGCAAUUUGGACUCCAAUGUCACGGAUGACCAUUUGAGAGAACUGUUCGGCCAAUAUGGCCAAUUGGUGCAUGUAAAGAUACCAGCAGGCAAAAGAUGUGGAUUUGUUCAGUAUGCCAAUAGGAGUUGUGCAGAGGAAGCCUUAAAUAGGUUAAAUGGGGCUGAACUGAGUGGACAAAGUAUUCGACUUUCAUGGGGCCGCAAUUCUUCCAACAAACAGCAGUCUGAGGCCAGCAAUCAGUGGAAUGGUGGUGGUGCUGCCGACCAAGCUGCUGGAUAUUACGGCUAUGCACAGGGUUAUGAGAACUACGGUUACGCGCAACCUCCACCCCCCCAGGACCCAAGCAUGUACUAUGGAGGAGGAUACCCAGGCUAUGCCAAUUACCAACAGCAGCAGCAAGUGGGUUAUAGCCAUAGGACCUGAAAGGUCUUGGCCAUUUUUGCGACUUGCGAUGUAGUGAAAGCCUAUGUGAACUAAUGCGACUCUGGGGCAGUGCCUCUAUAUGCCCUAGCAGCAGCUCUUUGUGAGGGAGGAACCAAAAUUCUGGGGCCUUUGUGAUAAAAACUUAUUUGCUGAUAUCUUUAUGAAACUAGCACUCAGUUAUGUUUGAUCUAUAUCUAUCAUUUUGUUUUCUAUGAGUUCUAAUGUAUGGGAUGGAAUGGAAUGCUGUUUCUUGUCUGCUCGAUGCGGAGAUCUUCGUAGUAUGCCAGAUGGAUCUUCUUAGGGUUCUUGUUCCAG